AUGCGGCCGAGGCGACCUCACACAAAGAGUCGACAUGGUUGCAUACAGUGCAAAGCCUCUCAUAUCAAGUGCGAUCAAGGUCAUCCUACGUGUGGGUCAUGUAGGAAGAAAGAAAAGAAUUGUACUUAUGGAGUGCGGCGGAAGGAUAAAAGUCAGGCAUCUAAGCCUUUCCUCCUUCCACCCACUACCUCGACCGCCUCCGAGCAAGAACGCGAAGUCUCUGACAUUUCUACAACCUACAGCGUAGCUUCUGAUCCGGAAUCUACUUUUUCAAGUCAAAUUUCUAUUCCUCCGCAUCUCUCACGUGCGGAGACUGGUGCUUCAAUCCUUUGGGAAGAUCUAGAACUCAUGCAUCACUUUGUUACCGAGACUUGCCUGACCUUUUCCUGCAAAAAUCCAUUUCAGAAUCUAUGGCGAACCACGAUCCCAAAAAUGGCUUCUGAUCACCCGUUCAUGAUGCACGGUCUUCUGAAUAUCUCCGCCCUUCAUCUCGCGUUUCACAAUCCCGCCAAAAGAGACCUAUAUCUUGCCUCGGCAAUCCGACAUCAUGACAUUUGCCUCUCGCUGUAUCGAUCUGAAUUACAUAGCAUUACACCAGAUAACUGCUCUGCGAUGUUCAUCUGUUCUAUAUUGAUAUAUAUAGGUGCUCUCGCGUUUCCUAUCUGCAGCAACAAUUCCUCUUCAUCAAUGCCCUCUGACUACUCCCACCUUCAACAGCAGCAGCAAUUAAAUAGCCCCAUUCAGCUGGCUUCCAGUGUCUUCACUCUUCUCCAAGGUGCCUUCACAGUACUUCAAAUCUCCUGGCAUUGGCUAGAAAAUAGUGCCAUCUCUGCCCUUCUCCAGAAUCGCUUCCAGUUUUGUGAAGUCGAGUCGAGCGCCAAAGUUUGUCCCCACUCUUCGGACUCGGCCUUUAGGCUUCUUUUGGCACGCAUCGAGUCAAUGUCAUCGCGGUCAAACCUAUCUCCAUCAACAUCGUCUGCGCAACAAUCCUAUUCAUCUCGGCACAAAUCUCCUUCUCCACUCUCCUCUGAAGAAUUGAGUGCCUACAACAACGCCAUCAGCACUCUACGAGAUGUCUUCGUGCUUCUAAACUCAAGUAAAGCCGACAAUGGAGUUGUCCUAAUAUGGCCCUUUUUACUUGAUGCAGAACGGGGCUUUAUAACGCUGCUGAAGGAGAUGCGACCGCUCGCAUUAUUAAUUUUGGCACAUUUUGGAGUGGCACUUCAUGCUUCUCGGGGUGACUGGUUCAUUGGAGAAUGGGGACGAAACCUCAUUUUUGACGUAAAGAAGACUUUGUCCCUAGCAGGGGACGAAGCUGAGUUUCAGGAAUUGAUGGCUUGGCCUUUGGAGAUGGUAAGGACUGGUGAGGGACCGGACAGGAGUGACGUAAAUAUAUAA